AUGGAAACUGAUUUAUGCAAUGUUAUAGAAUUAGUUUUAGCUAUCAUAUUAUUAAAUAUGUUUUAUUACAUUAAAGGUCUUUAAAAAUAUAUGAUUAAAGAAGAGACCUUUCAACCGAAUGAGAAAAGCAAACUUAUAAUUACUGUUGCUAUUGCCUUUUAUGCUUUUUGUUAUAUCUUCACAAUUAACAGAGAUGUAUAUAGUUAAUAUUAAUAUAGGAUUAAUAACAAGGCUGCAUUAUCCCACUAAUAGUAGUUUUAACUUUUUUAUUUUAAUAUAUAAUGCUUUAAUAUUGCAUAUUUUUAUUUAAAACACUUAAUCAAGGAUGUAAGAUAUAUUUUAUAAUUAAAUAAUUAGUCAUUUAAAUUUAAAUCUUUUUAUGUUAUAUCAUUUUGAUCCUUUUAGUAUUUAUUGCAAGGCCAAGAUACAAUAUUAAUAUAAGAAGUAUUUUUUUAUAAAUUAUUAGAAUCCUUUUCAAUUAUUAUUGUCUCAACCUUAUCCUUAGAACUUUUUAUGUCAAUUAUUUUUUAAGAUAAAUAUUUUUGGUUGGUUUUUGGGGUUCCUAUGAUGAUAUAUUUAUUGCUCAUCAGAAUGUUUGGAUAUUUUUGGGUAAUUAGUAAAAUGUCUUAAUAUUUUUUUAGAUAAGAUAAUUAAUCUAUCGUAAUGA